AUGUUCAAAAAAGAUAAAAAUUUAACCAAAAAUGUAUAUGAUUUGAGUAAGACUCAGGAAUCAUUAAGUCUAGAAAAGUUGAAAAAAUAAGAAGAAAAUGUUGCUAUUUCUAAAAAUUAAUUGCUAACAAAGAAUCCAGAUGACAAGGAUGAAGAUUUUAAAUAAAUAUCUUGGUCUGCUCCAACGGGGAUGAGAGAAAAUAAGAUUAUUGAAUAAUUCAAUGAUCCAUAAGAUCUAGAAUUACUUGACGAAACUCCUGAAAAGCAAAAUGAGUUAGAGAUAUCUAGUGAAGCACAAAUGUCAAGCCAAUAAUAUCAAGGUUCACAGGACAAAGCACCAUAGGCCUAUGGAUCAGAAAAAAACUAGCAAGAUAUUUCUUCACAACAUCAUGUGUACUCUGCUCUGUCAAUCGAUUAAAACAAUUAUAAAACUAGUUAUAAAUUUACUGAGAAAUUAAGGCACCCUUUUAAAUAUCUCCGACAUGUGAUUCAGGAAUCCACAGCUCCUAAUAUCCCCCUAGAGGAUAUUAUUGCCAAUGAACAAAUUCAUAACAAGAUAGAGCAGACUGAUGUUUAUAGAGAGAGGUAAAUUCAAGAAUAGAUGGCUUAGGAUUAUAAAACCUAGAUGCUGCAUUAUAUUAAGGACAAGGCUGUCAAUACGGCAACUUAUAAUAUCAAAGAAGAAAUUGAGACUGUGAAGGAGGGUGCUGAAAAGUUCUACGAAAAAGCUAAAGAUUUCGUUGGAGAUGAGGCACACACCAUCAAGGAUAAAACAGGGUAACUUGUUCAAAAUGUUUCCAAUAAACUAACUUCAGAUACUCCAGGCUAGUCUAAUAUAGGCAAAGCUGUUGAGACAUCUUAAGAUUUGGCGAGAAAAACUAUUGAUAAAGCUGAUUCUUUUUAUUAAGCAGGAAAGGAAUAAUUUGAACCAUACGCCCAGAAAAUAAAAAAUAAAGUUGAGCCUUAUAUUGAAGAAGUUUAAGAAACAGUAAAACCUUAUUACGAAAAAGCAAAGGAGGAAGUCUAACCAGUGAUUACGAAAGUUAGAGACACUGUGAGAGAUACUUUAAAUCCAACAUCAAAUGAGGCUGAUAAAUUUGCUGAUAAUUAUGGUGGCCAGGAAGGAGAUAUUGAUAUAGAAGAUAAAGUGUAGAGAUAUUAUUAAAAGAUUAAACCUUAACAAUUCUAAGGAACACAAUAAUAAUUGCAAGAGGAACAAAAUAUGAUCCGUGAGAUGAUAAGAUAAGAGCUUUGGAGACAUCUAGAGCAAUAAUAGCCUCCUGCAUAAAAAGAUAAAGAAAAUUUAAUGAGAGGAUAAAUGGAUCAAUAAUAAUGGGAAUAAUAUUAAUAAAAGCAAUAAAGACCUGAAGUAAGGGAUAUUAAUAAACAGUAAUAAUAAUCCUAUCAAUCACAAAAUCUUUAUCCUUUAGAGUAUGAAGAAUACAGAGAAGAGAUAGAAGGGGAUUAUAUUGAUAAAGCGAAUGAAUAUAUUCAGCCUAAAGUUUAAGGAGCAAAAGAAAAAAUAUAGCCCUAACUAUAGCAAGCAAAAGAAAAAAUAUAACCUAAACUACAGUAGGCUAAAGAAACUUUAGAACCCAAACUUUAAUAAGCUAAAGAAAAAAUUGAGCCCAAACUUUAGUAAGCCAAAGAAAAAAUAGAACCCAAGCUUUAGUAGGCUAAAGAAAAAAUAGAGCCCAAGCUUUAGUAAGUUAAAGAAAAAAUUGAGCCUAAAAUGUAGCAAGCAAAAGAUAAAAUAUAACCUGUAAUAGAUAGUGCUAAAGAAAAGGCAUAGAGCUUCUAAGAUAAUUCAAAAUAAACUGUGCCAAAUCUAAGCCAAAAAGCUAAAGAAACUGUCUAAUCAAAAAAAGAAUAGGCUAACUAGGCUAAAGAAUAGAUUAAAUACUCAGCAUAAUAAACAGCUGAAUAAGCUAAUGGAAAAGUCUAAGAAAUUUAAGAAAAAGCACAACAAAUUGCUGAAAGAACCAAAGAUUCUGCAAAUGAAGUGAAAGGUUAAGCAAAAGAGAAAGGAUAAGCUUAUAUUUAAGAAGCAAAAGAUAGAGCUCGAAGAUAUUAAGAAAGCAUAGGGAGAAAUUAAGUUUAAUAUCAGCAGCAUUAAGGUAGUGCAAGAGAUCUUCAAAGUUCAAAUUUAGACUUAGAGAAUCAGAUAUCAUAACCUACUUAUAUAUAAAAUGUCUAAAAUUCCCAAAGUCAGUAAUGGAAGGAUAAAAGGACAUUUGAUGAAAAAGAUUAAGAUUCCAAAAAAAUUGAUGAAUUUAUAAAAGCUAAUAGUUCAAAUCCUCAAUUGUCUACUACUUCUAACUUUAUGGGUCCUUCAAGAGAAUAUUCUGUGGAGGAAUUUGAAAGUAACUUGACUCUGCCUGACAUUUAUACCUUACCUCCAAAAUAAUAGCAAAGGUAUGGGGUAGAAAAGUAGUAAGUUGAUAUUUUAAGGGAUUAAAAAUUGACAGAUCAAUACGAAGUUGAGAGGUCAGUCAACUAAAAUAAAGAUAGUUUGAGAUCAAACAUCAGAACUGAGAUCAAGCUUCCUGAAAAUGUCAAAGAAUCAUAAUCGAGUCAAGCUUACGCUGCUCCUUAUCCUGAAGAAAGUGUCAAUCCUUAAUUUUAUAAAGAAUCAAUCUCUGAAAAAUAAGAUGAUUUAAGAAGAGAACAAGCAAAGUGA